AUGAAUUUUCCAACGGGAUUUUCUGAAGAAACGAAAAAACAAGUCGCUAUGUGGCGUGAUAUUAUUCAAAAUAAACAUAAGGAUGAUGACGAUGAAUUUUUUUGUACCGACCCAUUAUUAAUCAUUGAAUAUAAUCAACCGGGUCUCAUAAGCCGAAAUAUCACGGAAAAUAACGUUGGAGCAGUGAUCAGAGGAACUCCAUACUAUACUCCUAUCGCAUAUCCAAGGGCAAACCUGACACAAUCAAAUUCUGUAUUCGCAUUUAACGAUAUGCAGACAAUGGAGAAUGCUAUCACACAAUUAUAUGAUAACUAUCAUAAUAGAGUUAUAGGACGACAAGAUCCUAUUGUUGGACGAGUAUAUAAAGUAAUAUUUCGCAGGGACAAUACAUUUGAAAGAGAAAGUAAUCUUGAAGUUAGAAUAUUACUUAGUCCAAUUUGGCUAACCGUAUUUUUAGUAACACUUACGUAUUUUGGAUAUAAGUGGACAAGGUAUUUUCGUUAUUCUUUUCCAAAUCAACGAAAUCCUGUAUUUCUUAGGGAAAGUCACUUCGAAAUAAUGGAUUUUCCAACGGAGUUUUCUGAAGAAACGAAAAAACAAGUUGCUAUGUGGCGUGAUAUUAUUCAAAAUAAACAUAAGGAUGAUGACGAUGAAAUUUUUUGUAAAGACCCAUUAUUAAUCAUUGAAUAUAAUCAACCGGGUCUCAUAAGCCGAAAUAUCACGGAAAAUAGCGUUGGAGCAGUGAUCAGAGGAACUCCAUAUUAUACUCCUAUCGCACUUCCAAAGGCAAACCUGACACAAUCAAAUUCUGUAUUCGCAUUUAACGACAUGCAGACAAUGGAGGAUGCUAUCACACAAUUAUAUGAUAACUAUCAUAAUAGUGUUAUAGGACGGCAAGAUCCUAUUGUUGGACGAGUAUUUACAGUAGAAUUUCGCAGGGACAAUACAUUUGAAGUUUGUGAACAACGACACGUUUUUAAUUAA